CCUGGGCCAGCGGUGACAGGAGCCCCCAGCGCCCCGUCCUUGGGGACACGACACAGGGACACCAUGGGCAGCAAGGAACGCUUCCACUGGCAGAGCCACAAUGUCAAGCAGAGUGGUGUGGAUGACAUGGUCCUGCUCUCCAAGAUCUCCGAGGAGGCCAUCGUGGAGAACCUCAAGAAGCGUUUUAUGGAUGAUUACAUCUUUACCUACAUCGGACCAGUGCUCAUCUCCGUCAACCCCUUCAAGCAGAUGCCGUAUUUCACCGACCGCGAGAUCGAGAUGUACCAGGGGGCGGCUCAGUAUGAGAAUCCCCCCCAUAUCUAUGCCCUGACCGACAACAUGUACCGCAACAUGCUGAUCGACGGGGAGAACCAGUGCGUCAUCAUCAGUGGAGAAAGCGGGGCUGGGAAAACGGUGGCAGCGAAAUACAUCAUGGGCUACAUCUCCAAAGUGUCCGGGGGUGGUGAGAAGGUGCAGCACGUGAAGGACAUUAUCCUGCAGUCCAACCCGCUGCUGGAAGCCUUUGGAAAUGCCAAAACUGUCCGGAACAACAACUCCAGCCGCUUUGGGAAGUACUUUGAGAUCCAGUUCAGCCGAGGCGGUGAACCUGAUGGAGGGAAGAUCUCCAACUUCCUGCUGGAGAAGUCGCGGGUGGUGAGCCAGAACGAGUGCGAGAGGAACUUCCACAUCUACUAUCAGCUCAUCGAAGGAGCAUCCCAAGAGCAGCGGCAGAACCUGGGCAUCAUGAGCCCGGAUUAUUACUACUACCUGAACCAGUCGGACACGUACCAGGUGGAGGGCACAGACGACCGCAGUGACUUCCAUGAGACCAUGAACGCCAUGCAGGUCAUCGGCAUCCGGGGUGAGGACCAGCAGCUGGUGCUGCAGAUCGUGGCCGGGAUUCUCCACCUGGGAAACAUCAGCUUUCGGGAGGAAGGCAACUACGCUCGGGUGGAAAAUGCUGACUCUCUGGCUUUCCCUGCCUACCUGCUGGGGAUCGACCAGAACCGCCUCAACGAGAAGGUCACCAGCAGGAAAAUGGACAGCAAGUGGGGUGGCCGCUCCGAGUCCAUCACUGUGACCCUCAACGUGGAGCAGGCAGCUUACACCCGGGACGCCCUGGCCAAGGGGCUCUACGCCCGUGUCUUCGACUUCCUCGUGGAGUCUAUCAACCGGGCUAUGCAGAAGCCGUAUGAGGAGUACAGCAUCGGGGUGCUGGACAUCUACGGCUUCGAGAUAUUCCAGAAAAAUGGCUUUGAGCAAUUCUGCAUUAACUUUGUGAACGAGAAGCUGCAGCAGAUCUUCAUAGAGCUGACCCUGAAGGCAGAGCAGGAGGAAUACGUGCAGGAGGGGAUCAAGUGGACGCAGAUCCAGUACUUCAACAACAAGGUGGUGUGUGACCUGAUAGAGAACAAGCUGAACCCCCCUGGGAUCAUGAGUGUCCUGGAUGAUGUCUGUGCCACCAUGCAUGCCACCGGCGAGGGAGCAGACCAGACCCUGCUGCAGAAGCUGCAAGCGGCCGUGGGGACCCACGAGCACUUCAACAGCUGGAACUCAGGCUUCGUCAUCCACCACUAUGCAGGCAAGGUCUCCUACGACGUGAACGGCUUCUGCGAGCGCAACCGGGACGUGCUCUUCACCGACUUGAUUGAGCUCAUGCAGAGCAGCGAAUACGCUUUCAUCCGGAUGCUUUUCCCAGAAAAACUUGAUUCUGACAAAAAGGGACGACCGACCACCGCAGGCUCCAAAAUCAAGAAACAGGCCAACGACCUGGUGAACACGCUAAUGAAGUGCACACCACACUACAUCCGCUGCAUCAAACCCAACGAGACCAAGAAACCCCGGGACUGGGAGGAGAGCAGGGUGAAGCACCAAGUCGAAUAUCUGGGGCUGAAGGAGAACAUCCGUGUGCGCCGGGCAGGAUUCGCCUAUCGCCGUGUCUUCCACAAAUUCCUACAACGCUACGCCAUCCUCACCCCUGAGACGUGGCCGUCCUGGCGUGGGGAUGAGCGACAAGGGGUGCAGCACUUGCUGCGCUCGGUCAACAUGGACCCAGAUCAGUAUCAGAUGGGUCGGAGCAAAGUGUUUGUCAAGAACCCGGAAUCGCUCUUCCUCCUUGAAGAGAUGCGGGAGAGGAAAUUCGAUGGCUUUGCACGGGUGAUCCAGAAGGCCUGGCGCCGGCACGUCGCCAUCCGGAAGUACGAGCAGAUGCGAGAGGAGGCCUCCAACAUCCUCUACAACUUCAAAGAGCGGAGGAGGAACAGCAUCAACAGGAAUUUUGUGGGUGAUUACUUGGGCAUGGAGGAGCGGCCAGAGCUGCGCCAGUUCCUGGCCAAGCGGGAGCGGAUCGACUUUGCCGACUCCAUCAUUAAGUAUGACCGGAGGUUCAAGCCCAUCAAGCGGGAUUUCAUCCUCACCCCCAAGUACUUCUACGUGAUCGGGCGGGAGAAGGUAAAGAAAGGUCCUGAGAAGGGGCAGAUCAAGGAGGUGCUCAAGAAGAAGGUGGAGCUCCAGGCGGUGAGCGGCGUCUCGCUGAGCACCAGGCAGGAUGAUUUCUUCAUCCUCCACGAGAACGACACCGACAAUUUCUUGGAGUCCAUCUUCAAGACGGAGCUGAUCAGCCUGCUGUGCAAACGCUACGAGGAGCUCACCCGCACCAAGCUGCGCCUCUCCUUCAAGGACACACUACUGUUUCGGGUGAAGAAGGAGGGCUGGGGCGGUGGUGGCACCCGCAAUGUCACCUUCAUCAGAGGACAGGGUGACGUGGCCACCCUCAAAGCUGGAGGCAAAACCCUGACGGUCAGCAUUGGGGACGGGCUCCCCAGGACACCAGAACCCACAAGGAAGGGAGUGACGCAGAGCAGAGGUGGCAGCAGGUGUCCAGCACCCUCCCGAAGUGCCCCACCAGCACCCAGAG